AUGACGAUAAGGACAAGAUUCAUAAGAUCGUAUGAUUCAGAGAAGAAGUGUUGGGGAGUGGUGAAUGGUGUUGAGGAAUUGUUGGCUAUGAGGAGAGGUUUUGGGUGGUGGAAGACUGCGAGUUACGGUGGGAAACUUGUUUUGUUACAUUCUCAAGUAAAACACGUUGGAUUGACUUAUUUUGCGGAGAUUUCCUUGGAAAGAAACCAACAAAGGGAAGUUUGGGGUAAAGUUGAGUGGUGUGAUGAGGUUGUGAUUGGUGAGAGAAUUUAUAUUCUGAAAACUCUAGCUGUCAUGGUUUGA